AGCCUAUUCCAGAAUUUGGUUUCGAGAUGCUGUUGGAUUGUCAAGGCUUUCUAUACAUGCUCUUGUUAUUCUUAUGUAUCUAUGUCAAGUAGACCGUCCCAUUUACUAUUGUCGAUUGAAGAAACCGCAGCUUUCUGUGCGCAUAAAGUUGCCUCCACCCUUGUAUGAUAAUGUCAUAUCACUGAGUCUACCUUUAACAGAAUAAUGCUCUGAUCUCUCACCCUUCAGACGUAAUAAUGUAUGAUAAUGUCAUAUCACUGAGUCUACCUUUAACAGAAUAAUGCUCUGAUCUCUCACCCUUCAGACGUAAUAAUGUAUGAUGGUGUCAUAUCACUGAGUCUACCUUUAACAUAAUAAUGCUCUGAUCUCUCACCCUUCAGACGUAAUAAUGUGUGAUAAUGUCAUAUCACUGAGUCUACCUUUAACAGAAUAAUGCUCUGAUCUCUCACCCUUCAGACGUAAUAAUGUAUGAUAAUGUCAUAUCACUGAGUCUACCUUUAACAGAAUAAUGCUCUGAUCUCUCACCCUUCAGACGUAAUAAUGUAUGAUGGUGUCAUAUCACUGAGUCUACCUUUAACAGAAUAAUGCUCUGAUCUCUCACCCUUCAGACGUAAUAAUGUGUGAUGGUGUCAUAUCACUGAGUCUACCUUUAACAGAAUAAUGCUCUGAUCUCUCUCUCACCCUUCAGACGUAAUAAUGUGUGAUAAUGUCAUAUCACUGAGUCUACCUUUAACAGAAUAAUGCUCUGACCUCUCUCUCACCCUUCAGACGUAAUAAUGUGUGAUAAUGUCAUAUCACUGAGUCUACCUUUAACAGAAUAAUGCUCUGAUCUCUCACCCUUCAGACGUAAUAAUGUAUGAUGGUGUCAUAUCACUGAGUCUACCUUUAACAGAAUAAUGCUCUGAUCUCUCACCCUUCAGACGUAAUAAUGUAUGAUAAUGUCAUAUCGCUGAGUCUACCUUUAACAGAAUAAUGCUCUGAUCUCUCUCUCACCCUUCAGAUGUAAUAAUGUAUGAUGGUGUCAUAUCACUGAGUCUACCUUUAACAGAAUAAUGCUCUGAUCUCUCACCCUUCAGACGUAAUAAUGUAUGAUGGUGUCAUAUCACUGAGUCUACCUUUAACAGAAUAAUGCUCUGAUCUCUCACCCUUCAGACGUAAUAAUGUAUGAUGGUGUCAUAUCACUGAGUCUACCUUUAACAGAAUAAUGCUAGACAUGAGUCGUUACUGCACCCUGAACAACAACUUUCCCAAUGACAACAACCUCCUGGCCCUGGACAUGGUGCUGAGCUCUCUCUGGAGCAUUCCACAGCCCAUCAACUGGGACAACGUGGCCAUGCUGGUCCCUGGCUUCACACCCAAGGAGUGUGCGCAGAGGUUCGAGGAGCUGAAGAGCACCGGAGGGUUCCAUCACGUGGACGACCAAUGCAACGCGCUGACGGCAGGAGGCUCCUCCCCUGUGGACUACAUCAAAUCCACACUAUUGGACACCACGGGAGACGUGGGGGAGACGCGGACCAAUCAGUGCUCCAUCUCAGUGACGGGCCUGGCGGUGAACCCUUCAAGAGGUGGCUCGGUAGAGAAGGAGAGCAGGGAGUCUGCAGAGGAGGGCGAGAAGCCCCAGGAGGGGAAAGGGCCCAAUAUGGUGAUCCACGUGUGUGACGAGGCUAAGAACCUGAAGCAGGACUUCAUGUGUCCCCGUGACCUUCUGAUCAACGAGAUGCGUUACUUUGCUGAGUACCUCUCUGUUGACACCCAGCGCUGGGAGGAGGUGGACAUCUCUGUGCACUGUGACGUGCAGAUCUUCGACUGGCUCAUGAACUACGUCAAGAGGCACAAAAUGGCCGUCGAUGGCAACCAUGACAAACCCAAGCUCGAGCCCAGCAAUGUGAUCUCAAUCCUCAUCUCCUCCGAGUUCUUGAAGAUGGACACGUUAGUGGAGGAGUGCAUCCAGUACUGUCACAAGCACAUGAGUGCCAUCGUGGCCACACCCUGCAACAUGAAUUGCAUCAACAGUAACCUGGCAGCGGACAUGUCUGACCUGUUCAGCCACAACGAGGCAGACGACAUCACGGACAGAAAAGACAAGUUCAAAAGUAAGUUAUUCCAGAAGAAAAUUGAGUGUCUCUUCGAUCCUGACUAUAAGAACCGGGACUCCCCAGGCAACGCAUCAACUCUGUACAGGUGUGCUCUGUGCCUGAAACUGCUGACCAAGGACACAGAGCGGAAGAUCUCCUGCAUCCCAGGGAAGAUCAACAUCAACCCUCGAGGAGACAUAACCUACACUCACAGCAGGCAGAAGAGAUGGGAGGUCCAUGAUUACAUGACAGGACUGUAUGAGGAGCUGAAGUCCUGGGUGCUGGUCUACUGGAGGAUCUGGGGAACCAUCAACCACCUCACCUGCUCCCACUGCCAACAGGUGUUUGUGUGUGCAGAGCUGUCCCACUGUCGGUAUCACCCAGAGGUUGUGUUGUACCCAGGCAUGGGGGCAGAGCAGGGCUGGCACGGGACGGGCAUCUACCCCUGCUGCAACCAGAGGACGCUACGCUUUGACCCCACCGGCAUGCCCAAGGGCUGUAAGAUGCGGGACCACAUAGUGAAUGUGUCAGACAGUGGAGACUGUACUGGGGACCACCAGGUAAACUCAGCCCAGACCAGACUGCUCAACGACCUGCUACUACACAGAGAGACAGUGUGUGUACCCAACACACCCCUACCAGAGACAGGGCCUGUAGACUCCCCCUCCAGUGGUUCAGAGAGGGGGGAGAGAGGGGAGCGGGUACUGGACUGUGACAUCCUGGUAGAGCCGGGGCUUCUGGGACUUCAGAGAGUAGAGGGUACCACCUUUUCCCUGUUGAAAAACUGGAGCCGGCAACUGAGGCAGCAGACGCUGCUGUCUGAGGAUGAGGAGUAUACCACGGGGUCAGAGGUCACUGAGGAUGAGGUGGGGGAUGAAGAGGAGGCCAGCAAGAAACAAGCUGCUAAGAAGGCCAAGAAGUUGAGCAAACCUUUGAAGAGGCAGAUGUCCUCACCCAAUUUCCAUCGCAAAGAGAAAGCAGUGGAGAAAACCCCUUCGAGGGACAACACUCCAUUCAGAGUGAGUGCCCAGAAGAGUAAGUGGGACAGCUCUCGCUCCAUUCGCUACAACCAAGACGCCCAACGAGAGGAAGACCAGCGGCGUAUGGUGGAGAUCAUUGGUCAUCUGACUAAGAUUAGGUUCGGAGAUCAGGAACAGAGGAAGUCCAAGGACACUAAAGACCGUGCAGCAGGGAUCUACUCCAGGCUAGAGGCCCAGUUCAAGUCCUCCUCCCAGGCCAGGGGACGACAGAGUGGCCCUGAGAAAACCCUCAGAGUGAAACCACGCGUCAGUCAAGCUCGAACCACAUAGAUAUUGGAAAGAGGAGGAGGGAAGGAGGAAGACAAGAGGGAGGAGGGAAGGAGGAAGACAAGAGGAGGAAGAGGAGGAGGGAAGGAGGAAGACCAGAGGAAGAAAAGGAGGAGGGAAGGAGGAAGACAAGAGGAAGAAAAGGAGGAGGGAAGGAGGAAGACAAGAGGGAGGAGGGAAGGAGGAAGACAAGAGGAGGAGGGAUGGAGGAAGACAAGAGGAGGAGGAGGGAAGGAGGAAGACAAGAGGGAGAAGAGGAGGAGGGAAGGAGGAAGACCAGAUGAAGAAGAGGAGGGGGGAGGGAGGAAGACAAGAGGGAGAAGAGGAGGAGGGAAGGAGGAAGACAAGAGGAGGAAGGAAAAGAGAGAGGAGGAGGAGAGGAAGAGAGCAGAGGAGGAAGAGGGAGGAAAUCAGUGGAGCAAACUGACCCAAAUGGGUACUGGCAACCUGGCAGCAGCUAACCCUCUCAACCCCAUCUUGCUCCAAUGUGCCCCUGUUAAAAAUGUGUGCCUGUAUUCAUAAAGAGCCUAAGAGUAGGAGUGCUGAUCUAGGAUCAGUUUGUCCUCUUAGAAUAUACUGAAUGGACAGGGGAGACCUGAUCCUAGAUCAGCCCUCCUCCUCUGAGACACUUGAUAAAUACAGGCCCUGGUCCUGCAUUGGUCGUCUUUAGUUCAGGAGGCCUGGUUUUGCCGUAGGCCUUUCUAGCCCACUUAGAACCCAGCCCGUCAGCCUGACUCAGGUGACUUUGUAUCGAUCACAUCUCCUCCUACCUCCCAUUAACUCUAUAUUACAAUGCAAUAGGUCACCUAGCUCUAAACCUGUAUGCCAUAGAAUAUAAUAGACUUUAACAUAGAAGCUACCUUGUGGUGAGUAAUAGGAGUGGUGAGUAAUAGGUAGAUGAUGGUUUAAUGAAAUGCCCGUUGUUUCUAUUUCUAUAUCUGUCUGUGUUGGCCGUAUCGCACACUACUGGGACUAAGAGGACAUGGGUGGACGAGGCAGUCGGAAAUAAAAGUUACAUCCCCACCAUUUA